AUGACGACCACGAUGGCGACGACCUCCUCUCCAGCAUCGAGCAGCCACCCAGUUGGACUCCCCAAAGGUCCGAGCACGCCGAGGCUUCACAAAUUGCUGGCAGUGCCCGGCUGCAAACCGGACAUGCUCAACGAUCUGCUCCUCCUACGGCCUGGAGAUGGACAAGAUUCACAAGCGAGCAGCAGCAGUAGUAGUUGCAAGCAUGUGGUGUUUUUCCAUGGAGACAUUCAGAACUUCCGUGAGGAGAUGGCGUCGCAGUCUGACUGCGCCCAGUGGCUGCAGUGGAGUCUGGAGCAGGUGGUCAUCACACUGGGUCGACGUUUCCCGGGACACCACGUGUGGGUGGUGCGCGCCUCCCGAAUGUACCUGCAUAAGUUUAGCAGCUACUGCAACUUUGUGGAGAGCAACAUGUUCGGCGCUCCGGAACACGCGCCGUACUCACCGGACGGGGGAGCACUGAGCCACCUCAGGUCCUUGCUGAUCAAUGGUAUGGAGCGAGCUGGUCUGCAAAACACAAUCCAACAUCCGGACGGUGCCCCCUCCACAGCUUUCUCUCUGACUCUGGUGGGCUUCAGCAAAGGCUGUGUAGUCCUCAACCAGGUGCUUUAUGAACUGGGCGGCGCUCAGGCGGAUCCGCACCUGGCGGACUUUACCAGAAGCCUUUCGGACAUGUUCUGGCUGGACGGCGGUCACCCGGGUGGGAGCGAGACGUGGGUGACAGACAAGAGGCUGCUGGGCCAGCUGGCAGCUAGCGGGAUCGGGAUCCACACCCACGUGACCCCAUAUGAGGUCAGGGACCCCAUGCGAGCCUGGGUAGGCCGAGAGCACGCAUGCUUCGUGAAGACUCUAGAGGAGCUCGGGGCGCGUCUAUAUGACAAACUCCAUUUUGAAGACGAACCACCAUCCAUUGAAAACCACUUUAGGGUCAUUCAGGAAUUCUGA